AACACUGACGUGUAGCCAAAAUGCGGUCAUUGGCUGAAUAGGCUGAAUAGGCGAAAGUGCACAGCAAUCUUUUUACCGCCAAAACAAACCUCGUAAAGAUAUAAAUUUUCCACAGUACGCGUUUUACUACUCCUUCGUACAUUUUAAUUGCAACAGACUAUUUACGAGAAACUAAAGAAUGGAAAAAGAAAAUAUUUCCAAUAACAUGGCUCGCUUCUCAUUGAAGAGUCCGAGAAAAGUUUUAACAGAACCGUCGCAGAUCGCAUCCAAACUACCAAAACUACAGUCUCUCGAUGAACCAGUCAAACCCAAUGAGUUAACGGAUACUGACAUGUCUAUCGCCAACAAACAAUCGACUUCAUUCGAUCCGCAAUUGGAGCCACUACUUCGUGAAAAUCCUCGGCGUUUUGUUAUUUUUCCCAUUCAAUAUGAGGAUGUCUGGCAAAUGUAUAAAAAGGCCGAGGCAUCGUUUUGGACAGUCGAAGAAGUGGAUCUCAGUAAAGAUACGGUAGAUUGGGAGAAUAAACUGAACGAAAAUGAGCGCAAGUUUAUCAGUCACGUACUUGCCUUUUUUGCCGCAUCCGAUGGUAUCGUCAACGAAAAUUUAGUGGAACGAUUCAGCCAAGAAGUGCAGAUCACCGAGGCUCGUUGCUUUUACGGUUUUCAAAUUGCAAUGGAAAAUGUCCAUUCCGAAAUGUACAGCAUCUUAAUCGACACUUUGAUUAAGGACAAAAAUGAGAGGGAUUACUUAUUCAACGCCAUCGAAACGCUUCCUUGUGUAAAGAAGAAAGCUGAUUGGGCACUACAAUGGAUCGGCAGCAAAACGGCCAAUUUCGGUGAACGUAUUAUCGCUUUUGCAGCAGUGGAGGGUAUUUUCUUCAGUGGCAGCUUUGCAUCGAUUUUCUGGUUGAAAAAGAGGGGCUUAAUGCCUGGUUUGACAUUCUCGAACGAGUUGAUCUCACGCGACGAAGGAUUACACUGUGACUUUGCAUGUUUGAUGUUCAAACAUUUGCAACAAAAACCAACUGACGAAAGAAUAAUUGAAAUUAUUCGAGAAGCUGUGAAGAUUGAACAGGAAUUCUUAUCGAUUGCAUUACCUGUGUCUAUGUUGGGCAUGAAUUGUGGGUUAAUGUGCGAAUAUAUUGAGUUUGUUGCUGAUCGACUGCUCAAUGAACUGAAUGUUGAAAAGAUCUACAACACCAAGAAUCCAUUCAGUUUUAUGGAGUUGAUCUCAUUGGAAGGCAAGACAAAUUUCUUCGAGAAGAAGGUUGGCGAAUACCAAAAGCAAGGAGUUAUGGCUAAUAACAGUGACAGUGUGUUCACUCUGGACGCAGACUUUUAAGAUAAAUAGCCAAGACGAUGCCUAUUAAUUUAACCUAAGCAAAUUAUAUUAACUGAUCAGCGAUUGAAAACAGUUUGAUGUUGUGACAAUUGAAAGUAUUUCUUAAAUUUACAUUUAUUUUCAAAAAAAUAUAAAUUUUCCAUUAAAACAAG